UGGAGAUGCUGUUGCCUGAGACCAAACCCUCCAUACAUAGUCAUCUUCUCCGCUCGAGAGGGUCUGUUCGUUUGACAGAAGCUUUCUGACUUUUCAAAGAUCUUUUUGUCUUUGCGAUGCAUGCACAAACAGCUUCAGCAAUCCAUCAGCUCUCAAAGUUCAGAACUAAUGUAUCUGAUCCCAAGAAAAGGCCACGCGUAUUCUUUCCACGCCCUCCUGCUGCUGCUGCUGCUGCUGCACAGAAGGCCUCUACUUCUUCGCCUGUUUCCGCGAGUAGGAGGCAGAGACGUCCUCAGAAUGUCGACGGCGAUUUCUUUGUUGAUCACACGUGCAUAGAUUGUGAUACAUGUCGUUGGAUGGCUCCGCAAGUUUUCGCACGGGUUGGUGAUAUGUCAGCUGUCUUUAAACAGCCAAGCAGUAAAGAAGAACGGCUAAAGGCACUUCAGGCCUUGCUUUCAUGUCCUUCAAGCUCCAUACGUACUGAGAAACCUGGAAAAGACAUUCUUGAAGCUCAGAAGACAUUCCCGAUUCAGAUCAAUGAGCAGAGAAUUCCGGGUGUGUAUCACUGUGGUUAUCACUCUGACAAAUCAUAUGGAGCUGCUUCCUACUUGAUCAUUCGCCCUGAAGGAAAUAUUCUUGUAGACAGUCCCAGAUACACAGAGAGGCUUGCCUCUAACAUGGAGACAAUGGGUGGUGUCCGAUACAUGUUUCUCACCCACAAGGAUGAUGUUGCAGAUCAUGAGAAGUGGUCAAAGCGGUUCAGAUGUGACCGAAUUUUGCACUCAAAAGAUGUUGAGUUUUCUACAGCUGAUGUGGAGAUUAAGCUAGAGGGGAAUGGGCCAUGGAACCUUGGCUGUGACAUUGAUCUUGUAUACACUCCAGGUCAUUCAGAAGGAUCAGUCUGCUUGUUUAACAAGCCACUGAAGACGCUCUUUACAGGGGCCCAUCUGUCAAUGAAUGAAACCGGGUUGAGCAUAUUCGAGAGAUACAAUUGGUUUUCAGUACCCAUGCAGUUGAAGAGUGUCAGAUUAUUACUUGAGUUAGAUUUUGAGUGGAUCUUACCAGGUCACGGCAGGAGAGCUGAAUUUAGAGAUUAUGAAGAUAAGAAUUCGGUUUUGGAAGCUUUCUUGGAUGCAAAAUUGACGCAGGAUUAUUGAAGGAACAUACUCUGCACAAAGGAUAAAGUGUUCUCUAUCGGUAGACAAGGUGCAGGCCCCCGAAAUCGCAAUGCUUAAGCAAACUUGGGAUUUCGUAGUCCCUGUUUUCCAAGAUUGAUGCAGGAUUAUUGAAGCAACAUACUCUGCACAAAAGGUCAAGUGCUUUCGAUUGGUUGACUAGGUGCAGGCCCCUGAAAUCAUGCUGCUUAAGCAAACUUGGGAUUUCAUAGUCCCUAUUUUACGAGAAUUUUGUACUCUGGUAAGAAUUACUAAAGUAGGUGACUCAACAAGCCUGACAAAGGAGGUCAAGUUCCAAAACGUUAUCGUUGCAGAGAAACUGGCAUAUUUUAGCUUGAGAAUUUGGUCUAUGGGGAAUAGAUGAAUUCUAGACCAAUUGUGGAAUUUAAAUGCUACAUAAACUUGAUAAUGGGUUUAAACAUUGACAUAAAUCAGGAUAUAGUUUUCUGGGCUAAGGAACUUUGGAA